CUCUCUCCUCGUAUCAGAUUUCGUGUUGAAGCUGUUCUCAAUUCGAAGAGCUCGGGGUCUCGUGUAUCCGUGUUGAAAGUAAAAUGGAUUCGUCAAAGAAGGGAGGAAGGAAGGGAGGAGCAAAGAAGAAAUCCGUCUCAAAAUCAACUAAAGCCGGCCUGCAGUUUCCUGUUGGAAGAAUUAGCAGGUAUUUGAAGAAGGGCAGAUAUGCAAAGAGAGUUGGCACCGGAGCCCCUGUAUAUCUUGCAGCAGUUAUGGAGUAUUUAGCAGCUGAGGUGUUGGAAUUGGCCGGAAACGCGGCCAGGGACAACAAGAAGAACAGGAUAAUUCCUCGACAUGUGCUCUUGGCCGUGAGGAAUGACGAGGAGCUUGGAAAGCUCUUGAGUGGCGUAACUAUUGCUCAUGGCGGUGUGCUGCCUAACAUUCAUCAAGUUCUUCUGCCAAAGAAGACCGCUGAAAAGGCUGCUUCUGAGGCUAAGGCUCCUAAGUCGCCCAAGAAGUGAAAUUGAUUACAGUUUUCUCUUCUAUUUAUUUAUGGUGUUUUUGAACACCACCUUUAGAUGGAAUGAUUGAUUUCCUUAGAGCUGUAUACUCUGCUUGAUCUAGGCGGCCCGCUAUUUAUCUUUUUUCUUAUUUACUACUAGCAAAAUUGUGGAUUCCAAGACUCCUAACGAUUUUAUCAGUUCUAAGCGGGUUCGCUGUAUUUUUGGGGGAUUUCGAUGAAUUCUCUUUGGCAGGGAAUUUAGCGAUGGAUCUUAUCUACCACGUUCGCUUCUCUUAGUUUCUGUGCGUAAGGGUGGAGGAUAUUCUAAUCUCAUACCCUAUACCUCUCGCACCAAGGUACACGGUUGAAAUCGUUCAUUUUCUGUAUUUUCUGUUGGCAAUCAUGUUAUGUCAAAAACCAAUUACAAACUGACAGUUUAAAAGUAUGGUGUAUAUACUUAAAUUAAUAAUUAAGUAAUGUCGUGACAUUUAAUUAGUACAAU